CUCAUGGUGCACUCCUCUUUCUCCCGCACCAUGCUGUUUUUAUAGCUAGCUAGCAGUCUAACUAUGGUUACGCGAGACACCGAUGCCAUCGCCACCUUGCACUGACGGAGUCGUGUCGCAGCUCUGACAACUUAUACUCACAUCCCUGGUUUUUUUCUGCUUUUCACUUUUAGACCGCGGACACAGAGAAGAACGCGAACAUCGAAGGCGUGACGAUGGAUACCGUGAACGUGACCAUCCCGGUCACAGAGAGUUCAGGGAGCGUGGCGACAGGGAUAGGGAAAGAGAUGCCUUCAGGGACAGGGACCGGGACAGAGAACGCUACGGCAGGAGAGAUGAGAGACGGGAACGUGACCACGGCGGCGGCCGAGGAGGGCACCACGAAGACCACGGUCGGCGCGGGUUCGAAGAUGACAGGCGCCCACCCCGCGAGGACGGCGGCGGACGGUUUGCCGGUCGGGGCCGCCGCGAUGAGGGCGGUUCCCCGCGACGAGGCGGUGGACGUGGCAGGAGGGACGGCCCUGGUACACCCGAGCGGAGGUCACCCACUCCCGAGGGCAUUGCUCCCCUUUUCCAGAGGAAGCGCAAGGCCUCUGGUUGGGAUGUCCAUGCUCCAGGGUACGAACAGUACAGUGCCAUGCAGGCUAAACAGACAGGUCUUUUCAACCUCCCGGGCGCUAACCGCACGCAGGUGCCACCCAUCCUCGGCAUUGCCGGAUUGCCUCCCCCUAUUCCUGUGCAAACCUUUGGAAUGGGUAUUGGCAGCAACCCUAACCUCUCAAGGCAAUCACGUCGCCUUUACAUCGGCAGCAUCACUCCAGAUGUCAAUGAACAGAACCUUGCCGACUUCUUUAACGGCAAGAUGAUCGAAAUGAGCAUUGGAACGGGCGGCCCUGGAAACCCCGUUCUUGCGGUUCAGUGCAACUACGAAAAGAACUACGCAUUUGUUGAGUUCCGCAGUGCUGAAGAUGCCACUGCUGCUAUGGCUUUCGAUGGUAUUAUUUUCAUCAAUGGUCCACUCAAAAUUCGCAGACCCAAGGACUAUGGUGGUGAUGCCAUUAUGGCUCCUAACUUCCACGUACCUGGUGUCGUCUCGACCAACGUCCCAGACUCCAUCCACAAGAUUUUCGUCGGCGGACUUCCCCCUUAUCUAAACGAAGAACAGGUCAUGGAGUUAUUGAAGAGUUUUGGCGAGCUCAAGGCCUUCAAUCUUGUCCGAGAAAACGGAAAUGGCCCUUCCAAGGGUUUCGCCUUCUUCGAGUAUGUUGACAGCUCGGUCACUGACGUUGCUAUUCAAAGCUUGAACGGCAUGGAACUUGGAGACCGCUACCUGGUUGUUCAGCGGGCGUCUGUUGGCGCGAAGCCCGGAACUCCAGGCAUGAUCCCCAACUUGCCCUACGAUCAGUUCCCUGAAAUUCCUCGCCCUAUCAUGCCCGCCGGCGAUGGGAGCACCGAGGAUGCACGUAUCUUGCUUAUGCUUAACAUGGUAACUGUCGACGACCUGCAAGAUGACGACGAGUACGGCGACAUCUACGAGGAUGUCAAAGAGGAAUGCUCCAAGCACGGCGCAGUCGAAGACUUGCGCAUUCCGCGCCCGAUCAAGAAGGACAAGUCCAAGUGGGGGGAUGCUGGACAGCAAUCGCAGACUGACGCUGCGCGCGCUGACGAGGCUGCCGGUGUUGGGAGGGUGUAUGUCAAGUUUGUAGAUGGCGACGGGGCGCAAAGAGCGAUGAAGUCACUCGCUGGACGUUCGUUUGCUGGACGGUCAAUCAUUGCCACGGUCCUCAGCGAGGACAGCCAGACCACGCCGCCUCUCAAUCUCAUCUUCGCACCUCAGCCUGAGGCACCGCCGCCGCUUCCUAUUGAGAACUAGCCUAGUACAAGGCCGCUGUAAUGAUGUCUCCGAUAUAGUUCUGUUCGAUUUAUCUUGCCCAUGCGUGCAUAUAUGCUGCGUCCGCUAGCGCCUAUUAGCUAAGUUACUUAGUGUGCAUGCUGGGUUGAAUGAACGAAUUGCAAC